CGACAACCAUCACGGCAUCACCAGUCACAAUGGCCGCCACCAAGAAGAACGAGACUCCCCGCACCGGCCUGGCUGCCGGUCUCAACAAGGGCCACAAGACCACCGCCCGCGUCAGCAAGCCGCGCGUGAGCCGCACCAAGGGUCACCUCAGCAAGCGGACUGCCUUCGUUCGCGAGCUCGUCAAGGAGGUUGCUGGCCUUGCUCCCUAUGAGCGCCGCAUCAUCGAACUGCUCCGCAACAGCAAGGACAAGCGCGCCCGCAAGCUCGCCAAGAAGAAGCUGGGCACCUUCGGCCGUGCCAAGGCGAAGGUCGAGGACAUGACCCGUGUCAUCGCCGAGUCUCGCCGUGCCCACUAAGUGUUGUGCCGCUUCUGAGACCCGAUGUCCGAGGAAAACGUCGAGGGGGAUGAAGAUGGAUUCUGGGGAGGAAAUCCGGGUACGGCGUGCAGUUGCGCUCCGGAGUAUCGUCUUUUGCUUGCUCGUAGAAUGGGCUAGCCAUCUAGACCAGAAUCGACCUCGCGGCUUCCUUGGGUGACGGUCUGCUUCCCCCUGUGGUAUCCUCGCUGUGUAACGUGUCUCUGCUUGUGACUGUGACGGUGGCUAUGGCGUGUCGACGUGGACAUUGGGAGGAGUUCGAAUCCCCCAGCUGUCUGUCGUACUCAGCCCUGGCAAACCUCACCACGAUGCCGGGUUCAAAGGCCUAUCCAUGAAUUGUCUCUCGGU